AUGCACGAUCAAGGUAUGUUAUUUAUUGGAACUAGGUAUUUCACAGCUCAUACACUUAAACCACCGUAGCCAAUCUUUCGUAAAACUGUUUCUAUUGACAUAUGUAUUAAUAUAUUAAAAAAUUUAGAAAGUCCACUUUCCUUAGACUAAAAAGAAUAAUUUUUCAAAGAAUCUAAACUUGCUGUCUCAUUUUCAUCUCCUCCUAAUUCUUGGAGAGAUAACUGUAUUCCUGAUGAAGAAGUGAUAUCAUAUUUCAUUCCAGAUGAUAAUCAUUCAUAAACCAGUUAUAAAUAGGUGAGAUUCUCUGAACCUUAAGAAAAGUAAUAAGAUGAUAUAAGUAGAGUAGAACUACCAAUAAUAUUGGAUAAAAAUAUAGAAGAUAGAGAUCUAUUCCAAUUCCAGAAAAAGUCUAAGAAGAUCUAAUUGGAGAAUCUUCUUAGCUCUCUCCAUAUAAUAAGAAUUAAAUUCGCAUUAAAGAUAGAUAACAUAUGAACUAAUCAACCAAUUUAUUACAUGACAAUGAUAAUUUAUUUACUAUCAAUGCUUUAUUACUUGAUAACAGUUUUGGAAUUAAAACAAUAUCUUCAAACGAUCAAUUUGAACUUAUUAAUUAAAUGGCAGAUGAACUAGUCAAUUUAGUCAAAAAUUAUUUAAAUGAUAUUUAAUACUAAGAAAAGCAUUUUACUUUUGAUGAAAGAGAAGUUGACAGUAGAAAUCGAUUACAAAUUUAAAGAAGAGUACUUAAGGUAAAUUUAAAUCAUAUUCAAUAAAAAUUAGAAAGCCUUAGAAAACUUAAAUUUUAAGUUAAAUGUUACUGCUUGUUCUCCAAUUUCUAGAAUAUCUAAUACAUCACCUCAUUUAGAUGAUUUUAAUGUUGAUUAUAAAGAAUUACAAUUUAAAAUUGAAGAAUUAACAGAUUAAAAUGAUUUAUUGAAAGAUAAAUUAGAAAUACAAGAUUUUAAAUUAUUACAAUAAUUUUAAGAAGUUAAAGAACUAAAAUUAUAAUUAUUAGUUUUAGAAUAACAAAAUAAAUCUUUUAUAAUUGAUUUAGAAUCUAAAGAUAAGUAAAUUAUUUCUCUAAAUGAUUAAUUAAUUCAAUAAAGAAAUUAAUUAGAUGAUUAAAUUAAAAUAUGUUAAAUUUAAUCAUCUAAAAUUUAAUCAUUAGAAUAAUAAUAUAUGUUUGAGAAAUAAUCAAAUUCUUACUGUUACUCAUUAAAACCAAAUAUAAAUUUAAAUAAGUCAUUUAAAAGAGAAAAAAAGCAUGCAAAUUCAUUUCAUGAAGUAUGUUCCUCUCCUAAUGGAAAGAAGAUUAUGAUUGUAAAUAGUAGUACAAAUAGUUCUCAAUAAUCUCCUAAAAAUUUAUAAAUUUCAAAUAGUAAAACAUUGAAUUUAGAUGAUACUACUUAUUUUGGAUCAGUUUAUAAGGAAAAAAAAUAAGGAUAUGGAAAUUUAAAGAAAGGAGAUAAAAAAUUAUAUAGAGGUAUAAAUAAAAUAAUAUUGAUAAGGAUUUUGGAAAGAUGAUACUUUUAAUGGAUUUGGACAUUUAUUUAAUGAAAAUGUAGAAUAGGGGAUUAUUGAUUACAAUAAUUUAGAUUCAAUUGGAAAUAAGUGGAUUAGCUAUUAAGGAGAAUUUUAGGAUGGUUUAUAUCAUGGAUAUGGAAUAUGGACAUUUAGUGAUAAUACAAGAUUUCAUGGGAAUUUUUAAUUUGGGAAAGCAUGUGGUAGAGGGUAAUAAUAUGUGAUAUAAAAUUUAGAGUUUACUAUCGAAAUAUUAAUACUAUAUAGGGAAUAUGGAAUAAAAAUAUUAAAAUGUGA